CCGGGAGGGAAGUCGGGGCGGAAGGGGGCGCAGGGCUGGGCUGGCGUUUGGGGAGCCUUGGCGGGGCUGGGGUUCCGAUGUGGGCCCCGGAGCGGGAGGCCGAGGCCCCGGCCGGGGGAGACCCCGCGGGCUCGCUGCCCCCCGAGUGGGAGGACGAUGAGGAGCGCAUGUCUUUCCUGUUCUCCGCCUUCAAACGGAGUCGCGAGGUGAACAGCACCGACUGGGACAGCAAGAUGGGCUUCUGGGCGCCGUUGGUGCUGAGCCACAGCCGCCGCCAGGGGGUGGUGCGCCUGCGUCUGCGGGACUUGCAGGAGGCCUUCCAGCGCAAGGGCAGCGUCCCGCUGGGGCUGGCCACGGUGCUGCAGGACCUGCUGCGCCGAGGGGAGCUGCAGCGGGAGUCAGACUUCAUGGCCAGUGUAGACAGCAGCUGGAUCUCCUGGGGGGUCGGCGUCUUCCUGUUGAAACCCCUCAAAUGGACUCUUUCCAACAUGCUGGGUGAUAAUAAGGUUCCUGCCGAGGAGGUGCUCGUGGCUGUGGAGCUGCUGAAGGAGAAGGCGGAGGAAGUGUAUCGUCUGUAUCAGAACUCCCCUCUCUCAUCCCACCCCGUGGUGGCCCUGUCGGAGCUGAGCAGCCUCUGCAUGAGCUCCUGCCCAGACGAGAGGACCUUUUACUUGGUGUUGCUGCAGCUGCAGAAGGAGAAGAGAGUCACAGUCCUUGAGCAGAACGGGGAGAAGAUCGUGAAGUUUGCCCGGGGGCCACAUGCCAAGGUAUCUCCUGUCAACGACGUAGACGUCGGGGUGUACCAGCUGAUGCAGAGUGAACAGUUGCUCUCGCGCAAAGUGGAAUCCUUGUCCCAGGAAGCAGAGAGGUAUAAAGAAGAAGCCCGCCGGGCGUGCCGAGCCGGGAAGAAGCAGCUGGCGCUGAGGUCUCUCAAGGCCAAGCAGCGGACCGAGAAGCGCAUCGAGGCCCUGCAUGCCAAGCUGGACACCGUCCAAGGCAUCUUGGACCGGAUCUAUGCCUCGCAGACAGAUCAGAUGGUUUUCAAUGCCUAUCAGGCUGGGGUAGGAGCGCUGAAGCUCUCCAUGAAGGAUGUCACAGUGGAGAAGGCCGAGAGCCUUGUGGAUCAGAUCCAAGAGCUCUGUGACACUCAGGAUGAAGUAUCUCAGACCCUGGCGGGCGGGGUCUCCAAUGGCUUGGACUUUGACAGCGAGGAACUGGAGAAGGAAUUAGACAUCCUUCUCCAAGAUACCACCAAAGAACCUUGGGAUCUGUCUGACGGCCCCCAGGAGCCGUGUCAUGCCAACAGUGUGCCUAGCCCUAGGGUCUCGGAUGCUGAACUUGAAGCUGAACUUGAGAAGUUAUCCUUAUCAGAGGGAGGGUCGGUCCCAAGCAGUAAAUCUCCGAAAAGGCAAUUGGAACCCACUCUCUAAAGCCAUUGUAGGACCCUCAAGGGGCGGACCGUCGUGUGAGAGAGACCAGGCUUGUGUUCGUGUACAUAGUUAUUUAAAUGAGAAACUCAACAAUUGGUGGGACGAGGAGGGAGGAGAAGCACUCGAUUUACCUGGGUACUGCCACUUCCCACAGGACAGAAGUACCUCCUGGAAACCCGCUGCAGAGGCUCACGCCCAGCUGGUCUCCCGGACCUGCCUUCUCAUCUUUAUAGUGCCACAAUUUAUACAGUUCCGUGUGUGACCCGUCGUCUCUCAUAGCCUGCAGUUCUUGCCAUUGGCUCAGUUAGGUUUGUCUUCACCCACCAGCUUUGUCCCAGCCAAUGAAGGUGAAAGAUUUUCAGCUUUGCCAAAUUAAAAUCAGUCCUCUGCACUGUCCCCAACCGUUAUUUUAGAGGAAUUUUUUUUUCUAUCGAUAAAGUCAGUUCGACCCAUCGUUCCAGUUCUUCUCUAUGGUCAUUGGUGAUAAGAAGACUGGGAAUCACAAAGCUGUCACUUGAUGGAGAAGUAUACAGUGUAAAAGAUUCGUCUCUUGGCUGAUUGGUCCAGUUCUCCAGCUAUUCGGAAAAGGGGGUCCCCUCCCCGAGUAGCUCAGUCAUCACAGCUGGAGGGAGCAUGUGGUUGGUGGACACGGUGGCCUCUCCCAUCUGACGCCGAAGACCUGCUGACGGAGGAGGGGGUUGUAGAACUUGAGGAGAGAAGCCCAAGUGACUGCAGAGCACAAGAAUCCGAGUUUCUUAGGCUUUUCCAAAAACAGGCAUAACCUUUUUUGCCAUGCCCCCAUUGCGGAAUACUUUCAGUAUACCUUACGUAUAUGUCUCCGAACAAGCCACACAACGACACACCUCCCCGGCUUGAACCUGGCAUGUCGCAGGUUCUUUGGAUUUCAGAAGCAUUUUCCCGAGGCGCCCACUGUUCUGGGCAGGGUGUGGGGGUGCGGGGUGGAGGGGUCUCAGAGACUGGCCGUGCAAUAGAGCAGAAGACAGGCUGGCCUCCCGCCGUGCCUGCCACCAGCUUCCCUGCCUGCCUCCUGCAGGCCCUUCUUCCUCCCCCUGCCCCUCAUGGGUUGGGGAGGAUGCAUGGGGGGACGGGCAGGAGCAGGUCUGAACAAUGCCAGCCACACACUGCCACUGCAGUUGCCCAUCACUCCUGCUGGGGUGCAGAGCAGAGGAAGAAUCUGCCCCAAGCCCGGACCACAGGCCAUUCACUCUGCCACAGAUUUCCCUCCCAGUCCACCAUGGAAAACUGAAAUGUUGGGGGUGAAGAGAAACAAUCACUAUUUUUUUUUCUUUUUUAUCUGGUAAAUUAUUAAAAGAAAAAAAAGAGAACCCAAGCAU